AUGAGUCUCUGCUUCGACGAAGCCUAUCAAGCCCUACGAAGCCGACGCAUCUCGGAGGAAGAAUACCUCCACCAAGUUCUGGCGCACUUCUGCGGUAUUCGACAUCCUGCAGAUGAGAAAGCAGGACGGCCUUGGGAAUUGAUGAUCAACGAUCCAGUUGGCAAUGCAAUCAGAGAGGCAGCGCUGAACUCGCCCCAUUCACGACCAGAGAGUCCGUCUUCCAAGCUGGCCUUUCGUAAAAAAACGCUCUACUAACUAGCUCGCUACAGGCGUUAGCCAACUCGAGAAACUCUUCACGAGCGCGCUCAAAGACGACGCGAAAGCCGUGAAGACCAUUGUCUCCCAGCUCGCGAGCGAUGCAUCCGGCCAGCCGAUUCCUCUCCAAGCCAUUGCCACUUUUGCAGCACUCCAUAGCGAUGCCGAAGUCCUAAGAUUCUGUCUGCAAAUGGGAGCCACCCUUUCCGACCGAAACACUUCCGUAGCGCUGGAAUACGCCGCGAGGGGUCCCGCGCUCCUCCAUGUCCUGUAUGAGUACGAUUGGAGGGACAUGAGAACGUCAACGCUGGCCUUCAACCGCCUGCUGGAGUGGUCCCUUCACACCGGUCCAGAAGAGUUGAAUUGGUUCCUUAUUCACGGGGCCCGCAUCGACAAGGAAACAAUUCGUCAUGCCGUGCACGGCGCGCCCCUCAAGGCCGCCUGUAUCCAGGUCCUGGUCGAUCGGCUAGGCGUAGAACUCUUCAAUGGCACACGUCUCCUCCAGAGCGCCGCGAAGCGAGGCCGAAACGAUAUCGUCAAGGUGCUUCUUGACGCUGGUGUGAACGUGGACGAGCUCAUACCGCCCAGUCCCACGCAUGAAGAUGGCGAAGUGGAAUUGACGGCGCUGUACGAGGCUGUGUACAAGCGUCAUGAGGAAACGGUGCAGUUGCUCCUCCAACGUGGAGCGGAUCCGAAUAAGCAGGUCUGUGCAGAAGGCCUGAAUACUCCGCUGAAACUUGCUGAGGGACAUGGAUAUGCACGGAUCGUUGUGAUGCUGAGGAUGGUCGUUGAGGGAAAGGAGAAGUCUGGUGGUGAUACAUAUCAUACCGCGAAGCUUUGA